UAGAACUUUCUAACAAAUUAAGAAGAAAAAGAAGAAAGAUGGGGUUUUGGACAUUAUUUGAGGUGGCAUCGAUGCCAAUAUUACAAAUGCUUCUUAUAAGUGUUUUAGGUGCUUUAAUGGCAACUAAUUAUUUCAAUAUUCUUCACUCUGAUACUCGAAAGUCCCUUAACAAAAUUGUGUUCGUGGUAUUUACACCCUCCAUAACGUUUGCAAGUUUGACUAAGACUGUCACCUUGGACGACAUCAUCUCAUGGUGGUUUAUGCCCAUUAAUAUAGGGCUAACUUUUUUAGUUGGAGGAAUUCUUGGAUGGCUAGUUGUAAAAAUACUAAAGCCAGAGGUACAUUUAGAGGGACUUAUUAUUGCUACAUGCUCAACAGGUAAUUUGGGAAACCUUCUAUUGCUAGUAAUUCCAGCAAUUUGCAAAGAGGAUGGCAGCCCAUUUGGUGAUCAUGAAAUUUGUGCUUCUGUUGGUCUUUCUUAUGUCUCUUUCUCUAUGGCAGUAGGUGGUUUCUACAUAUGGACAUACACAUACCACUUAAUAAGAAGUUCCUCUGUGAAAUUUAAAGCAAUAAAAGCAGAAAAUGCAUUGAAGAAACCAAAUAUGGAUUUGGUAGAUGCAAAUGAGAAAUCUCUCCUUCUUCAACAUGAUGAUACUGAAAGUCAAAUGAUCAAAGUAUGUGAAGUAUCAUCAUGGAGCAAAAUAGCAAGGACUUUGAACAAAAUUGUGGAGGAACUAUUAGCACCUCCAACAAUUGCAGCAAUUUUAGGACUUAUAUUUGGUUCAAUAACAUGGUUGAAAAACCUUAUUAUUGGUAGCAAUGCUCCCCUUAGAGUUAUUCAAGACACUGUCAAAUUACUUGGGGAUGGAACAAUUCCAUGUAUCACUCUUAUACUAGGGGGUAACCUAACCCAAGGAUUGAAGAAGGCAAAAGUGAAACCAAUGAUCAUUAUAGCAGUGGUGUGUGUGAGAUAUAUUAUUAGUCCUCUGUUAGGAAUUCUUGUUCUUAAAGCUGCUUCCAAAUUUGGAUUCCUUGCAGCAGAUCCGCUUUACAAAUUUGUGCUCAUGAUUCAAUAUACAUUGCCACCUGCCAUGAAUAUCGGAACAAUGACACAAUUAUUUGAUGUGGCACAAGAAGAGUGUUCAGUCCUUUUUCUGUGGACUUAUUUGGCUGCAGCAUUUGCACUUACAAUUUGGUCCACUAUAUUCAUGUGGCUUUUGUUCUAACAAAUAUUGUAUGAUAUUAUUAAUCAAUAGUCGAUGCAUCGCACCAAACGGGUUAGACAUGUGGUUAAUGUAUUAAACGAGAUAAGACAUGUGGAUACUGAAUACUAGUGUGCAAUUAUUAUUAUUUAUAUAUUUUUUUUCUCUUU